AUGUCGAACCCAGAAGAGGCCACCGAGACUGUGGCCCAGCACAAAUUUGUUCGAGACUUGAUACCAGGAGGCGAUUUAAUCCUCGCCGUUGGUCCCCACAGAACUCUCCUUAGAGUUGCGUCGGCCUUUCUGUGCGAGAUAUCGCCCGUCUUUGCAGUAAUGUUUGGGCCGAACUUUGAAGAAGGCGAUCGCUUGCGCAACCGACAGCCUGGAGAUCCCGAAAUGGUUCUCGAACUUCCCGAUGACGACCCUUUAGCUUUCGACAACACGAUCCUCGUGCUUUACGGGUCAGACCCCUCGACACAAGACUGUGACCCCGAUGAUAUCCAGAAGAUUUCGAUUCUUGUUGAUAAAUACGACAUGGUAUCGCGCUUUGCCUUCGCUUCGGUGUACUGGUUUGCGAAGUAUGCUUGGGCAGAUGAUCCUGAAGAGACGUGGCAACUCACAACUGCCGCUUACUGGAUGCAAAACCCUGAUGCUUUCUUUACUUUUAGUAAGAAACUUGUCAAGCAGCUACAACCUUCUCACUUGAGCUAUGUCACAAGCAUGCCCGACAAGGUGCUUGGGCUUCGCCUUUGCUCUGCCUGUGCGGGUCUUGUGCCAUUCAUGUUGACUCAAAACUAA